UCUAUAUCAGGCGGCUACGUCGGCGUUCAUUUUGUCGAGGUCCGCCGCCGCUUUCGGAGGGGCCUCUGCGUCGGUGUUCAUAUUGUCGAGGAGCGGACUUUCCAUAUGGUGCUCGUAUAAAUUUGAACUUUCCAAACGGCAGUAACUCGUCUGCGUCCUCCUUUUCUCCUUUCCUUCCUUUCUCAAGAUCGCCCUCGUUUCCACCUUUUGCUGUGAGGAAAUUAAGUCAGAUUUUAGUAUUCUGAGGAUAUCUUGGAGCCAUGGUUUUCUUCAGAAGCGUUGCGGUGCUCUCAAAGCUCCGUUCUCGUCUUGCCCAGCAGUCCACUUCAUUGGGUUCUGUCCGGUGGUUGCAAAUCCAGAGCGCUUCAGAUCUUGAUCUUCAUUCUCAAUUGAAGGAUUUGAUUCCAGAGCAACAGGAGCGCUUGAAGAAACUGAAGGCAGAAAAUGGAAAAGUUCAACUCGGAAACAUCACUGUUGAUAUGGUUAUUGGUGGAAUGAGAGGAAUGACUGGGCUGCUAUGGGAGACAUCUUUACUUGAUCCAGAUGAGGGCAUUCGGUUUAGAGGCCUCUCUAUUCCUGAAUGUCAGAAACUGCUGCCUGCUGCGAGUCCUGGGGGGGAGCCUUUGCCAGAGGGUCUUUUGUGGCUUCUUUUGACUGGCAAGGUGCCAAGCAAGGAACAAGUUGAUUCACUAUCAAAGGAACUGCACAGUCGCUCAAAAGUCCCAGAUCAUGUUUACAAGGCAAUCAAUGCUCUUCCACCAACAGCUCAUCCAAUGACACAGUUUACCACUGGUGUUAUGGCACUACAGGUUGAAAGUGAAUUUCAAAAGGCAUAUGAUAAAGGGUUAUCUAAAGCAAAGUUCUGGGAGCCAACAUAUGAGGACUCUAUGAACUUAAUUGCACGACUUCCAGUUGUGGCUUCUUUUGUUUAUCGAAGGAUUUACAAGGAAGGGCAAAUCAUACCUGCUGACAGUUCUCUGGAUUAUGGUGCAAAUUUUUCUCACGUGCUGGGAUAUGAUGACCCAAAGAUGAUGGAGUUGAUGAGACUUUAUGUAACAAUUCACAGUGACCACGAGGGUGGGAAUGUCAGUGCACAUACUGCUCAUCUGGUUGGUAGUGCUCUAUCAGAUCCAUAUCUUUCAUUUGCAGCUGCACUUAAUGGUUUGGCUGGACCACUCCAUGGUUUGGCUAAUCAGGAGGUGCUGCUAUGGAUCAAAUCCCUGGUAGAAGAGUGUGGAGAAAACAUUACAACUGAACAGUUGAAAGACUAUAUUUGGAAGACUUUAAAUAGUGGCAAGGUUGUUCCUGGAUAUGGACAUGGAGUUCUACGUAAAACAGAUCCAAGAUAUACAUGCCAAAGGGAAUUUGCAUUGAAGCAUUUACCAGACGAUCCACUGUUCCAGCUGGUUUCAAAGUUGUAUGAAGUUGUUCCUCCAAUACUUACUCAUCUAGGGAAGAGCAUGAGUAGAGCGUUAUUAGUAAUUUGAGGUAAGAGAAUACCUUUACAAGCCUCAGGUGGCGGCCUCUUUUUAGGUAGCAUUGAGGUCAACUUUCUUGGAAACUCUAUGGAUUAGUCAAGUAUUAUUGACAUAAGUCAGUUGGGUCUGGAGCCAUGGGGGUUCAGUUCUUUCAGAAAUAUGCGGGGCUUUAUAUGGUUGAAUGUGCAAGACAUACGCCAUGUACUCUUGUUGGCUCUUGCAGCUGGUGCUAAAGUCCAAUGCUUCAAGGGAACGCUACUAGCAUCACUUCAUGUUGAAAAAAAAAAUGCUUGUCAUGAGUGUGUAAAGAGUUUUUUGCUACUGGGAAGAGUUGAGAAUGAGCGGUAUGAUUUUCCUCAAUUUUCUAACCGUGAAGCCAGUGCAUAGUCCUGCUACUGCAAAUUUUACUGUUAGGGUCAGGACUCUUUGCCCUCAGGCUCUUAUCAUCUAGCUGAAUCGAAAAGAGACUUGUAUGCUCUGCUUACUCUUUUCAACAUAUGGGCCCCAUGUUUCUCAUCUUAUCCAUGCUAUGGUGCAUUUAGUGUAAUUGUUGAAAAAGUAGAAAGAAACAUGCUUGAAAUGAUGAUAGAAGUGUCUUGUACUUCCUCAUCUUUACUGCUUUUGCUAGACCCAAUGUGUUUCCUUCAGCCCACAGGUUCUCAGCUUUU